AAAUUUUCAUUCGGCAAGUUGCGCUCACUCCAACAGCUGCAAGUUUUAUCGUUCGCGUUUGAAAACAAAAAUUUUUCAAAAUACACCGGUGAAAUCUGUGCACAUGUGUCAAAUUACAAAUUUAUUUAAUUAUUUUUUGAGAGAUUUAAAGAAUUAUUCAAUUACAGUUCUUGGAGUGAAGUACCUCAAAUUUGGAUGUUCCGCGCUACUGCCGAUUUCGAUAAUUGAUAUAAGGGAGUUUUUUUGCAAGUUCUUUGGUGAAAUUACGUACUAAACAUAGGUAACGCGAUUUUACGCUUCCUUAAGGACGUUUUCAUAAUUUAUAUCAAGUACUUAAUUUACGCCGUUGUUUUAUUGGCACUAGCUUACUUUUAUUUAAAGUUUUUUACCGACGAAUUAAAUUAAUUUUCAAAAAUCUGUGUUGCAUAAAGUACAGUGGAGUUGUUUGUGUGAAAGAGGUGAAAUGCGUUGACUAAUUAAGUGGAAACAAGCGUUCCAAUUUACUUAGGAAGAUGAAAAGGCCACCGGGACUUUGGAUACUGUUAUCUGCAGGAGUGCUAUGCUUGUGUCUACAACAAGGAAAUGGCUUAAAAGGUACACAACUAAUUUUUGGAAAAUCAUCAACAACCACAAGCACGACAGAAACACCACUCGAUGGAGAAGCAGUAGGAGAUGAGGUAGCAGCGGAACUAGCACAAACUGCCGAGAAUUCCACCAAAUCAAAUUUUACCGGAAAUCCCCAAAUCGACUACAUUUUUGAUCCGAAUCUACCAAGAGAGUUAAAUGGAUACAACCUUUCCAACUACCCCUUUUACAAUAGCAUGCCUGAAGACAUCGAUUUCAAGUGCGAUGGUCUGCAUGAUGGUUUCUAUGCUAGUGUGCCACACAAAUGCCAAGUGUAUCACCACUGUUUGUUUGGAACGCGCUAUGACUUUUUAUGUGCCAAUUACACAGCUUUCGAUCAAAAAACCUUCAUUUGUCAUUUCGUGUCGGAGGUAGAUUGCAACAAUUCGCACAAAUAUUGGCAUCGGAAUGAUGCGUUAUACCAAGCCGCCACCACAACGACGACGACAGUUAAACCCACGCCUAUUUCCAUUUCGCCUGCAUUGACGGCGUCACCUCGAAGGCCACCACCGGUGAGAAGAAGGCGACCCUCAAGGCGACGUCCUCAAUACGAUUACGACGAUGAUUACGAAGAAGAAGAAAGAGACGAUUAUUAUGAAGAGCCGCCUCGUAGAAGAAGAAAAAGGCCGAGGCCACGUCCCCGCCCUGUCUACGACGAGUACGAUGAUGAGUAUGAUGAUGACCGUCAAGAGAGAAGAGGAUCUGGUAGACGUAACGAUGAGAGAAGAGAGUCGGAACGAAGAAGAGAGUACGACGAUCGUCGACGUUACAAAGAUGAAAGAAGGCGAGAUUACGAUGAUCGGUCGCGUUAUGACAAAGACGACGAUUCAGAUUAUCGAUAUGAUCGUGACAGAAAAAGAGAAGAUGAUCGUAAACGUAGACCUCUCGAUGGUGAAGAUAGCCCUAGGUACGAAAGUAGAAGACCAAUGGAGGACCGUUAUAUCCGACACAAAGGCAAUCGUAGACCAUAUGAUGAUGAAUCUCAUGAAGAAGACCGUCGAAGCGUUGACCGUCCCAGAAAUUCGCCUCCACAAGAAAAUGUUCAGCCACUAGUGAAGCCGAACAGCAGUAGUUCUAUAUAUAAUCAACCCCGAAUGGCACCUAGAAUACGUCCCCCUGUUCCUAAAAAUGAGCAAAGUAAGUUUGCAUAUAAACCUACAGCCGAAGCAGCUUCGACAAAUGCGCCGCCUAAAGAAGAAAAAUACGAUGAUUAUGACUAUGACUUACCACCUCAACGGCCGACACCAAAACACAAGGGAGAGACGGAGCGUCAAGCAGAUCGUGAGCGUGACACACGCAGAGGGUCCCGACCGUCGCCUAAUAAAAAAAUUCAAUAUGAUUUUAGCGAUUACGAGGAUGAUCGAAGUAAGCCCGUGCGACCACAGAUGAAGCCAAAGCAAGAGAUACUUUCCCGAGAAAAACACAACCGCAACCGCCCAACCACCGACAGCUAUGAAGAUUCCGACCAAGACCACACUUCUAGAAGUAAGGAACGAAAUGUCAGUUCAAAGGAGUCGAAGCAUAAGAACGAAGAUGUUCCCCCUACAACUGCGAAAGAAUCGCCUCGUGACUACCAAGAGACUGUCAGAGUAGUUAAGAGGCCGUUUCUACCUAGUCGCGGAGGAAGUCCAUUUUCGACACGUGGAUUACAACCAAUCGGUGCUAAAGCACUUGAUAUAACCAGGCACGAGGCAGCAUCCACCACUGAAGAAGGACCAGGGAAGGAUUAUACGGUACAAAAUGGUAGACAGUUUCCAGAAACGGGUCCGUCACAAUCCGAAGUAAAAGAAUUGCCGACAGAAGAAGAAAAGUCAGAAGAAGAAAUUAAACCACCUCCUACUGUAGCCAAAGUAGCGAACCGUUUAAAAUACCAAAACCCAGAUGAAACGGAGAGCAAAGAAGAGCUCGCGUCCCUUCCAAACCGUCCACAGGUGCAGGUGCGCUUCAACGGCAAGCCAAAGGAAUUCAGUACUCCUCCAAGAAAAAAUCCAUUAGAUAUCAACGAAAGUGAAUACGAUGUAACGCUAAACGACGCUUUAAACCCCACAUUACCUAAUUUACCAAUACGUAAUUAUCCCACAGGUUUCAGUGCGCAGAACGAUUAUUACAACGACAACUACAACAGACCGAGGUACGACAAUUACAACCGUUCGCCCGAAGGCCGAUUUCAAGUUAGAGCGCCUAGUCAAAAAAUUGAAAGUAUUGCCGACCCUUACAUUGGUAAUCAGCCGAGGAAAUAUGUAGCGAAUGUAGCGAUACCACCAGAUCCUCUUUAUCAAAAUUAUAGGCAAAAUUCGCAACUAACUCAGGCUCACGCGCAUGGAUAUUUUCCAGUCUACUAGACAAAAUUUGAGUGAUCUCUAAAUUAGUUAAGUAAAAUUACUUCGCUCGCCCAAAUGGCUGUAAGUGGUAGACAUUUUCGAGAACGUGGUGAUAAUGUGUAUACGUGCUAUUUAUACAACGAACGGCGAAAAAGACUGUAGGGGCUUUAAGAUAAAUUUUUUGUAGUUCGCUAAGUAAUUUAUUUGUUAAUGAUCUACGAUUUUUUACACUCAUGUUUCUAAACUGUAUACUGCUGAUGCUAUUGUUAUGUCGUUCUUAAAAUUGUUACACGUUGCCUUGUGAGCGGAAUGUGUGUUUAGAAUUUGUAAAAUAUCCACCCUUUAAAAAUAAAUAAAUUCAAAAUUUU